GUCAGUGUUUUAGGUCUCCACUGAUCAAUUUCUGGGACCGAAUUAUGACUAUGAAUAAAAUUCUAUUCCUUUUAAUUGGAAUAUUAUUCCCAUCUCAAGUGUAUUCAUAAUUGCUUGCAUGUAACAGUGAACUAUAAACCUAAUUUGGCACCCUCUCCACUCCACCUAGACAUCACUAAAAGCCCAUUCAGUCCUUCAAUAAUCGGUUCGGUCAAAUGUAUUAACGAAAUCUAUUGACAAGGCCAGAUUUGAAUGGAAAACCAAACUGCCCAUUCAAAUGGCUGCUAAUCUAAAUUGUCCAACAAUUAGUUCAAUAAUUGCCCACCCUCCCAUCCGCUGUUAUCAAUAAAAGACAAGCAAAUAGAAUUUGAUUGCUUAGAGCUCCCAGAUUAUAGAUGUUUCAGGCAGUUGAGCCACUACUUAAUCUGCAUCUCUCAUAAAAGCAACAUGACUCGAGCGAUAUUCUAUGUUUUUGGAAGAUGCGUAAAAACUGGGAUAUCUAUUCCGACUGUUAUAGGGGUGUUUCUAGCUCUUCUGCUACUGAAGUCUACUAAUGGUUCUCUGGAUGAACAACUGGACCACUGCUGUUGGCUGGGUCAGGGCAUCGCCGACAAAAACGCUGACUGCAGCAGUUUACUGAAAGCGGCGCCUGUCAGAGAGGUGGAUCCCGAAUCGCAGGGAGUCUGUCUGUCUAUGAUGCAACUCUGCUGCGCACACCAGCUCAGAGACUCACAGUGUGAAAAUGGAAUAACGGCUGCUCGUGCAGGAACUAGUUGUCCCAAACAAGAGACUGAGAGCAAGUUCUGUUGUGAAGCGUGCAAGAUGGGCAUAAUAGUGGCAUCAAUGUCCGAACAAUGUCAUGAUCACAAUGAAAGCCUGGACUGUUCGUGGAACAGGGCCUUCCAUGAUUGCUGCACUGAGAUCAGCACCACCACUGCUCAGCUCGAUUCAAAGAAGAACCAUCUUCCCUCCACCAGCAACCACACUUAUAGCACUAGCACGCAGCCGGGAGGAGCAAGAAGUAGUGAAUCGAAUGACAUUUGCAACCUGUACCCGGGAGAGCUGUGCGCCCACAUUUGCAUUUCCACCCCCUCCACUCCUUCACUGUUCGUCUGCAAGUGUCACGAGGGCUACACCCUCAUGGCUGACGGCAAAUCUUGCAUGCUUGAUGCUACUCAUGAAGACAGAUGUCUGAACGAAAACCAAUGUGAACAACUGUGCCAUGAUUCUGGAAAAUCCAUCGAGUGUUCAUGUUUCAAAGGCUAUCAGCUGCACUCCAACAACAGAAGUUGCAUUGAUAUUGAUGAGUGCAAGGAGAAUAAUUCUUCGUCAGAAACGGCCUGUGAUAGUAACCAGGUGUGUGAAAACACUGUUGGCAGCUACAAAUGCUCUUGCAGUCCUGGCUAUCAACUCGAUCUUGUCACCAAGGCGUGUGUUGACAUAAACGAGUGUCAAAUGGACGUGCACAACUGUGCGUCGAGUCAGCGCUGUGACAACACAAUCGGCUCGUUCCAGUGUGUGCGCUAUGUCAACUGCGGUACCGGCUACACGCUCAACGCGCAGACUGGACAGUGUGAAGGUAGCCUUACUUGUCAUUCUUACACGAUAUCCUAUGUUAAUCAAACAUAUUCAAAGUUUUCAAGCAGUGAUCAACUGCAAGUUUCAAAACAAAUUUUGAAGCAGCGAGCGCAUUUCAUUCAAUAUGAAAUUGUUUUAUUUAUGUUUGCAGAUAUUGAUGAAUGCGCCAGAGGCCUUGCUAGAUGUGGGGUCAACCAGAGAUGCAUCAAUAAGGCAGGUGGAUACAUGUGCUCCACGUUGAGAUGCGAGUCUGGAUUCAGGGUCAAUGAGGAUCGAACCAGAUGCAUUGACAUAGACGAGUGUACUGAACAGCCAAGAAUCUGUGACCACAAGUGCUCAAAUUAUUAUGGAUCCUACAGGUGUUCAUGCAAUCCUGGAUACUCUCUACAGAGUGAUAAUAGAACUUGCAUAGAUUUGAACGAAUGCGAGCUGUUCAAAGACAGACGUCUGUGCAGUGGUUACUGUCUCAAUGAGCCGGGAUCAUACAGCUGUCAGUGCCCCAAUGGCUACACUCUCGCUAGUGAUGGUGCUUCGUGCCAAGAUAUUGACGAAUGCAAAAAUGGCCCAGGCUGCACGAAUCCAGACGAAAUCUGCAUGAAUAUGCGAGGAAGCUACAGGUGCAAUUUGAUCACCUGCCCGGCUGGAUACAUAAAGGAUAAACAGAAUACCAACCGCUGUCGCAGAGAAGAUCAAUCACGGUGUCGCGCGGAUGACGCUGACUGCUUGCAGCAGCCGACUUCGGUGUCGUUCUACUUUGUGACGAUCACGGCCAACUACACGAUUCCGGUGACGCAAGGCGGCCUCACACUGUUCACGCUGCGAGGCCCCUCCUGGGCUGAGGCCCAAUUCACACUGCACCUCGGCUACACCAACACUCCUGCGCAUGUGCGUGCAGCCACCGAGGCAUGCUUCGCGCUGCAGCGGCAGGCGCACAACCAGGUUGUGAUGAAGCUGAUUUGCACGCUGGCAGGGCCGCAGGACAUUCACAUCGAUAUUGGCAUGAAUAUUGCCAAUUACGGAAAAACCCUGUCAAAACUCACUCUAUACGUGUCUGCCUAUGACUUUUGACAAUCUUACUUCUAUAAAUAAUUGUCAGACAUGCCAUGUUAUAUUGGAGAAACAAGACGUAUAGAGGCUCAGCAACGGAAAUUUAGAAUUAAAGAUGAAUGAAAUUAUUAUACUUCUAUUUAAUUAAAACUGGUAUUUUUUUGGAAAUUACUGAAAGGUCAUGCGCAGUACAGUGUUGACACAUAGAUAAUAUAAUAUUCCAAGAACAAGGAUCAAGAACACAUGCACAGGUAUGGAGAUAUAGAAUGAAAAAGAAUAAAAUUAUAGUUUUAUUUAUUAAAACUUUGGUAUUUAUUUGAAAUUUUUUGGUUAAAUGUGCAAUAAAAAUAAGUCAUUUCACAACGAGUAUUCGCCUAUCUCCCAAUAUUCAAUAACCACAAUUUAUAAAAAUCUUGAUCCCUUUAUAAAACUCUAGAAAUUAAAAAAACUAUAUUUAUUUAAAACUUGAAACAAUGUGCUAAACUCAUUUACAGGUAAUUGACUCGUAAAUUGCUCGUUCCUGAAAAGCUGAAUAAAAUUCAAGGUCAAAGAAAGUCAAGUUUUCACAAGCAAUUGAAAAUACAAAAUAUUCUCAAUUUUUGAAACAUGGAACAUUACGGUACUGCUUGAAAUGAAAUGCCAAGCCAGACCAAUAAACGACCUCCAAACAAAACCAAAUACACGACUCAUCAACAAACAAAAUCAAGUAGGAAGUAGCUUGCAUGAAUUUUUUAUAUUGAUUCUGAUCUUAAAUUAAUUUUAAAUCUGUUUCUCAUCUGAAAUUUAAUUAAAAUUGUCUAUUGAAGUGAUUUUGUUGCAAAAAUACUACACGCCCUGAACAUCACUCCACAAUAUUAAACGAUUUCCGUUGUCCGGUUGUUGAAGACUGCAUUAACAAUUUAACGAUAACGAUUCUUUAGCAAGAUUCACUUUGAAAUGUCAGCAUGCCUUGUGAAUAACAUGUAAAUGCUUCCCAUUCAACAAAUACUGACUGUUCAAAGUAAAUCUCACUCAAGAAUCUGGAGCGAUCUUUAUAGUACACAUUUGAAAGUGGAAGCAUAUAAUUUUCAAGCGUUUUGACGUCAUGUCGGUUUAAUAACAGUGGCGUUCUCACACUUACAAUAACAGACAUCUUGAUCUUAUUACAGCUCUCAACAUAGGUCUACUAGUAGUUGUUAAUAGUUUUUGAAGUUCAACCAGUUUCAUUAUUCUUGAACGUUAACUACAAACUCAAGCAUCAUUGUUGGAUUCUCAAAAGUAUAAUUAUUAUAUAAUAUAAAAAGCUUCAAAAUA